CAUCAGCCCGCAAAAACAUUACAAAAAACACACAAAACAGAAUAAAAUACACCAGCACUUUCUCUCUCUAAAACCACCAUUUUCUCUCUCUAUACUUCCACACACUUUCUUGUGUGGGAACAAAUCUGCUGCAAACCAGCAAGACUGGCGUGAAUCAAAAGUGAUGGGAAGUGGAUUCUCGCAACAUCUACCCUGCUUCAAUCCGACAGCAGCGGCGAAGCGGCGGCGUGAACAGCCGGAGCUGAUUUUUACGCCCACCGAGCCAUUAGACGAAACCCUAGGUCACUCCUUCUGUUACGUCCGUUCUUCAGCUCGCUUCCUCUCUCCUACUCACUCCGAUCGCUUCAUUUCUCCCUCGCAAUCUCUGCGAUUUUCGCCAUCCCACGAAUCGUCGUCGGCCAGGUCACGGCAACCGGGCGGAGUGCCGGAGACCGGAUUCAAAGCUAUUUCUGGUGCCUCGGUGAGUGCUAACACAUCCACUCCCCGGACUGUCCUUCAGUUGGAGAAUAUUUACGACGAUGCCACUGACUCUGUUGGUGGUGGGAUUAAGUCCAGUAUAGUCAAUGGCUUUGAAAGUACAUCGUCGUUUAGUGCACUUCCGCUUCAGCCAGUUCCGCGAGGUGAUGCUGGGACGGCAUCUUCAGGUCCGAUGGAGAGAGCUUUCUUUAUGUCUGGUCCGAUCGAGCGUGGGGCCCUAUCCGGUCCCUUGGAUUGUAACAUCGGCUCAGAUUCAGGUAACAGCAAUAGGGUCCCUUUCUCUGCGCCUCUGAAUGGUGGCAUUUAUGUUAAGAAGAAGAGAAAGAAGGGGAUUCCUGGAAUGCGGAAGGCGUUUCAUCGGAACUUCCCUCCACCUUGGGUGGUUCCCGUACGGAACUUUGUAAGCAGUCGGAAGGAAAAUGCAAAUGCAUCCGGGCGUGGGCGAGAUGAGUUAGAUAUGAAAACCGAGAGUGAUGUUCAGUGGGCUCUCGGGAAAGCUGGGGAAGAUCGAGUACAUGUGGUCGUGUCGGAAGAGCAUGGCUGGCUGUUUGUUGGGAUUUAUGAUGGAUUCAAUGGUCCUGAUGCUCCUGAAUUCUUGAUGGGAAAUUUGUAUAAAGCUACGUAUAAAGAGCUCGAGGGUUUGUUUUGGGACUCUGAGGAAGCUCAAUCUUGUCAACAAAUGCAACAUGAGGAAGAAGCACCUAAGAUUAUUACAACCGAAACAGAAACAGACACAGACACAGACACUGGUGGUAACAUGAAGAAGGUAACAUUUCAAUCAGGAAGGGAAAAUGAGUCAAGAAGGAAGAGAUUAUGGGAAUACCUUGCCCAGGAAGAACCCGAAGAUGGUCUUGAUCUUUCUGGCUCAGAAAGAUUUGCCUUUUCUGUGGACGAUGCACUUAAUAUAAGCAAAACCACUUCAGGAGUUAGUAAGCGGUCACUACUGCUAUCAAAGUUGAAAAACGGGUUCAAUAGGCAUAAAGAAAGUGGUAGAUUGUUUGCUUGGAGGUUCGGUCUGGAUGCCAAAGAGCACAAGGAAGCAGAAAACCGAAUAGAGGAGAGAAGUAAUACUGGACGAAGUUGUAGGAUGAAGAAAAUCGGUCCAGUAGAUCAUGAUUUGGUUUUGAAAGCAAUGUCAAGGGCUUUGGAAGUAACCGAGCUUGCAUAUCUUGACAUGACUGAUAAGGUUAUGGAUCAAUAUCCAGAACUUGCUCUUAUGGGUUCGUGCUUACUCGUUGCAUUAAUGAGAGAUGAGGAUGUAUACGUGAUGAAUUUAGGAGAUAGUAGGGCGAUUGUUGCCCAACAUGAAGAGCCUCAAGAAGUUGGUUCAUCAGGGGAUAGUGGGGCAGUUGUUGAGGGUAUUAUUGAAUCAAAAGAUUGUUUACAUGAUGCUCUUGCUCCUGCUCCUGCUCAUGAUAUGAAGUUGAUGGCUUUGCAACUAUCUACUGAUCACAGCACCAGCAUAGAAGAUGAAGUGACAAGAAUCAAGAACGAGCAUCCAGAUGACAACCAAUGUAUUGUCAAUGGUAGGGUAAAAGGCCGUCUUAAGGUUACCCGUGCAUUUGGGGCUGGAUUCCUUAAAAAGCCAAAAUGGAACGAUUCAUUAUUGGAGAUGUUCCGGAAUGAGUACAUCGGUACGGAACCAUACGUGUCAUGUGAACCAUCAGUUCGGCACCAUCAUUUGUGUCCCCGAGAUCAGUUUUUAGUUCUUUCAUCAGACGGCUUGUAUCAGUAUUUUAGCAAUCAAGAAGUCGUUUCUCAUGUUCAAAUUUUCAUGGAAAAGUUUCCCGAUGGUGACCCUGCUCAACACCUCAUCGAGGAGCUUCUCUUACGUGCUGCCAAAAAAGCCGGGAUGGAUUUGCACGAGUUGUUAGACAUCCCACAAGGUGACCGUAGGAAAUACCAUGAUGAUGUCACAGUCAUGGUGAUUUCUCUAGAAGGGCGAAUAUGGAAAUCAUCCGGAAAAUAUCUGUGAAACAACCAUUGUAAAAUGUAUAUCCAUCUGUAAUUUUGCAUCUUGAUGUUGAUGUGAGGCCAGGCCCAUGGGGCCCACAAGAUCUCGUGUCACAAAGAAAGCCUCAUCGCUCAUAGGGUUAAAUGCGUCAAUAGCCCAAUGGGAAGGCCAAGAAAGAUGCCCCAAGAAUUGGUUAGAUGGAGGGAAAGAUGACCUUUUUGAUUUUUUUUUUUUUUUUUUUUCAUUAGAUGAGGG